AUCAAACGAAAAGAAGAAGAAGAAGAGGUCGGUGUAGUUCCUGGUUGCAUAAACAGAAACCCUCAGACUCAGUCCAGCUUGUUUGCUUGUCUCAUUGUUCGUCUUUAAUUAGUAGGGUCGGUAUGUUUAAAGGUUUGGGGACGUGGCUGGGUUUGGAGAACCCGGCGUACACGAAGUCACCGGAUGACACAGAAAACCUGAAUGUGGAGCAGCAGGACGAAGAAGAAGAAGAAAAGGUGGUGGAGGCACAAAACGAGGUAAACAAACAGCAACCAGCUGAUCAGGAUGGAGGACCAGAGGCCAACCAGGAAAACCCUGAGCAGGGCCAAGGGCUUGGUGAUUACAUCUUCAGUUUUGCCUCCACUGCCACAAAGAAGAUCUCCGAGUCGGUGGUAGGGACAGCUCAGACCAUCAAGAAGACUGUGGAAGAGGGGAAAAUCGACGGCAUCAUCGAUAAGACUUUUCUAGGAGACUUCCAGAAGGAGCAAGAGAAGUUCGUCCAAGAGAAGAAGGCAAAGAAAUCAGAAGCAGCAGUGCCUCCCUGGGUUGGCUAUAACGAGGAGGAGAUGAUCCAGCAACAGAUCCUCGCUCUGUCAGCAGACAAGAGAAAUUUCUUGCGAGACCCUCCAGCUGGUGUUCAGUUUCACUUCGACAUGGAGCAGAUGUAUCCUCUGGCGUCAGUGAUGCUAGAGGAAGACCAGCUCCUCAAUCGCAUGCGCUUUGACCUGGUUCCUAAACAUGUGAAGGAGGAGGUUUUCUGGAGGAAUUAUUUCUACCGAGUGUCUCUGAUCAAGCAAUCAGCUCAACUCACAGCAUUGGCAGCCCAGCAGCAGCAGCAGCAGCAGCAGAAGGACGGUGACGACAGAGGGACCAGCGUUUCACCCGAGGAUGUCGUCUUAACAGACAAUGUCAGACCAAAAACUCCACCAGUUUCCAUCAGCGACAUAAAGACGCCUCCUCAAGAAGAAGAGGAGGAGAUUUCAACAAGUCCUGGGGUGUCUGAAUUUGUGAGUGACGCUUUUGACUCAACGGCAAUCAACCAGGAGGACCUGAGAAAAGAGAUGGAGCAGCUGGUGUUGGAUAAGAAGGACAGCGUCCCCUCUCCUGAUGAUGAGUCAGCAGACUGGGAGAAGGAGUUGCAGCAGGAGCUACAGGAGUACGAGGUAGUGACUGAGUCAGACAACAAAGACGACCAAUGGGAUCAAGAGAUCGAGAAGAUGCUGCAGGCCGACGAAAGCUAGACAACUACUGUGUGUGUCUGUCUUCUCGUCUAUAGUGAUCCAGCCCAGAAUUAAUGAAUAGUGACCAGUGACGCACAAGGGGAUGAAUUUCCAGGUCCUCUGCCCCACCCAACUGUGAUUACUGUCUUGUAAACAUUCUCCUGUACCAGAUGAAGGUGUAGAUCCAUUAAUAGCAAGAGUGUGUCACAUCUGCUGCAUACAGCGGUUAUUUUUCAGGCGUAUUAGUAAAGUGCUGCUUCCUUGCUUCUUCCUGAUUUUAGUUUUAGUCAUUUGCUUUUCCUUACCCUCAAAAGCCUCUAGAGGGCAAUCCAGUAAAGUACAAUGAGUUUUAUAAUAGAGGGAGGCGUCUUUGAAAUCGCAUUGAAUUUUAUCUUUGUUUCCACUGCAGCUUUCUGGUGGUUUGUACAGUAAAGUAUAGUCACAGUACAGUAAAGUCAAAUGUAAAGAUACAUUUAUGUAAAUAAAGAGGAUUCUAACACUAUAUUUCAAAUUCUCCCUUACCUUUCUGUUUGUUCUUUUACAUUUUGUAUUUGCAUUUUGUGGAUGUCUGCUAUGCUUUGUUUCUCUGCAACUGAAAUAAUCUCCAUUUUCUGUUAUGUUGUUUCUGUUAUGUGUCAUAUUUUAAUAAAUAUGUAUCUAUUA